AGCCAGAACACAAGACUCCAGUAUUCGGGGAACCAGCAGCAUCUCAAUUAUCAAGAGCGGCAAGAGAUGGGAUCUCUCCCCGUCCCGAGUGUGCAGGCCCUGGUGGCUGCCACCGGCGGAGACGAUGUGCCACUGAGGUAUCUCCGGCCAGAGGCGGCAGCAGAGGCGGUCACCGGCGACGCCGACGGCGAGGCUCAGAUCCCCAUCAUCGACCACCAAAGGCUGCUGCUGGAGCUGGACCAUGGCGGCGAGGAGUCUGCACGCCUCCACAGAGCCUGCCAGGACUGGGGCUUCUUCCAGCUAGUUAACCACAGUGUCCCAGACGAUGUGGUGGAGAGUAUGAAGGCCAACAUCCAGCAAUUCUUCCAGCUACCCGCAGAGACGAAGAAGCGGUUCGCUCAGGAGCAAGGGCAGCUAGAAGGCUACGGUCAACUGUUCGUCGUCUCUGAGGAUCAGAAGCUCGACUGGGCCGACAUGCUCUUCCUCUACACACAGCCACCUGAGAUGAGGAACACCAAGUUCUGGCCUGACCAGCCUGCUGCCUUCAGAUCGGCGCUGGAUAGAUAUUCUGAUGCGGUGAAGGAUGUAUCAGACUCCCUUUUGGCUACGAUGGCCAAGAACUUGGGUCUGAAACGAGAGGCGAUUGCUGACAAAUGCAUCCGUGGAAUGCAGAAAGUCAGAAUAAACUACUACCCACCAUGCGCCCAACCAGAGAAAGUCGUUGGCUUGUCCCCGCACUCUGAUGCUAAUCUCCUGACACUUGUCCUCCAAGUGAAUCAUGUCCAGGGCCUGCAGAUCAAGAGGAACGGCAGCUGGCUUCCUGUCAAGCCCGUCCCGGGCGCUUUCGUCGUCAACAUCGGAGAUAUGUUUGAGGUCUUGACGAACGGGAGGUACAGGAGCAUCGAGCACCGGGCUGUUGUCGACCCGAAGGAAGAACGGUUGUCGAUUGCGGCGUUCCAAUUCCCAAACAUCCACACCAUGAUAGGUCCUAUGAAGGAGUUGACCGCACACGAAGACGAUGCCUACAAGACAUUGGACCUCGAGAGCUUCAUGAGGACCUUCUUCUCGACCAAGCUCGAGGGGAAGAACUUCUUGGAGCAGAUGAAGCUAAACUAGCUAGCUAGCGGCUGAAGCUGGGCUUGCGCGUAUCAUCAUUGAGAUGGACUCGACAGUGCUUGCUUCAGCUCUUCUUUCCAAUGAAUGGACACUUCUCGCAACGGAGUUCUCUCUCGGGAGGCAAAAUUUCUUCUUUUUACUACCUUUGUUGAUUUUAAAGUGCUCGUGUGCAAGCGUGCCGGUAACUCGGUGGCGCAUGUCCUGGCUACCCAUGGUGCAGGGAGGUACCUUGUAUUGGCAUGACGUUGUUCCUUUAUCUCCUCUGGUGGCUAGUGAUCUAGCUGCAUCCGUAUGUUAAUAAAGCUACUUUUCUGUUUCAAAAAUAAAAAAUGGCAGCUGAAUGCUAUGCUA